AUGUCCCGCAGCUUGGGCGUAACGCGCGAAAUCCUGGGAGCGUUCAUCUCCGUCAUGUCCAUCUGGAUCGUUACAGGAGCGCUCGUCUACUUAGCCAUCGAAAGGAUUGUACGCAACGACUAUGAGAUCGAGGGCCAUGUCAUGCUGGUCACUUCUGGAUUCGCCGUCAUUGUAAAUAUUGUAAUGGCCUACAUCCUCCACCACUCCACCACCCUCCACCCUCAUGGCAGAGGCUAUCAGCAGAUUGACGAGGACGGUCAGAGCCCGGUCAGUCAUGGCCACUCCCACGCGCUCCUCGGCAGCCAUGGCAACACGAGCGUCCGUGCCGCGUUCAUCCACGUGCUUGGCGACCUGCUGCAGAGCAUCGGCGUCACGGUGGCAGCCACCAUCAUCUACUUUCGGCCGGAAUACAAAGUUGCAGAUCCCAUCUGUACAUUCCUGUUUUCUAUCUUCGUCCUCUUCACCACCGUCACCAUCCUCAGAGACGUCUUCAGGAUACUCAUGGAAGGAUCGCCUAAAGGAAUCGAGUUCAACUCUGUGAAGGAAGUGCUGCUGACUGUGAAAGCUGUGAAGUCUGUUCACUCGUUACACCUGUGGGCCCUGACGCUGGGACAGUCGCUGGUUUCUGUUCAUCUGGCAAUAGAGGAAGGCGCCGACGCUCAGUCUGUGCUUCAGGAGGCCACAGAGCUGCUCUGCAACAAGUUUGGUUUCCAGAACAUCACCGUCCAGGUCGAGCUUUACUCUGAAGAGAUGAGCCACUGCUCCCACUGCCAGGACCCCAGGGACUGACAUCCAGACCAGAAUCAACUGGACCCAGACGGACUUGGAACGACUCAAAAACACGCUCACCACAUUUUCCACAGGUCGGCCUUCACUGCUGCUGACAGUUGUGCCACAUUCAUCAUGCAGCUUCCUGGUGAAGGAGAUGCACCGGCUGUUUUAGUACAUCAAUGUGUUGGACAGAAAGCUGCAAGAAAAUAGACAGCAAACUCAUCCAUGUGUUUGUAAAAGCAUGCAGAUGAUGGCGAUGGGGCUCCAUGCUAACGUUGAAGGUCAGCGCUAAAGUUUAUAGCUUCACAAAAGGUGUGAUGCAUUUGCUUUCACCUCAUUAAAAAAGAACUUCACAGACAGACAGUGGUGGGCACAGCUAACUAGAAACACGCUAACCCUGACGCACUGGUUCAGCUAUACAAAAGUGCUACCAAUUAGCAGAAGCUAAUGAGAAAGCGCUAAGCUUAAACUGCUGCUUAAACCGUCUCCACUCACUAACUAAACUGAAACGAUGUCAAACUUUAUUCAACUGAAAGUUUGCAAAACGACCAAUUAAAUUAGCGCUUUUAGAAUUUAUCCCAAAAAUGUAUUUAGCAGAAACUAAGUGUGCUCAAAGUUAGCAAAACUGCUAAAGAGCUAAACAAAAAAAAUAUUAUUAGCACUUUAGUUAAUUAGCAUAAGUGUGCCCACCACUGCAAAACACUAAUAAUAAAGCAUAGAAAGCAUGCUGGCUUAAAAUAUCCCGUAAGAAAGAGCAUUAGUAGAAAAAAAAACAGUGAAUAAUUUUGACUAGCUGAGCUGUAUGCAUCGAUUUAAAUCUACAGCUUUUAGUGCAUACAUCUGUAAAAAACAACCUGUUAGUGUAAGCUGAGAAACAGAAUGUAUUUUAUCAAAUAUAAAAAUUGAUGUAGUUCUUAUGAUUGUCACUUUUCCACUGCCAACUCUCCAGACACAAUCUUCCUGUCAAUGGAAAUCACUGCCUGAUAAUAUUUGUACACCAUAGAUUGUACCACUAAUUUCCAGACUUUGAUAUGACAUUAGUACUUUUUUUCCUUUCCUUCGAAUCAUUGUAAUAAGCUUUUAUUGUUCCAGAGAAAUAAAACCCAGGAGAUCUGCUUGUUCAUCAGUAAAAGCUGCUCUCAAAUUUUGGAGAACACAGAGAAAAAUCUCUUUAGACGGUUUGUACUGAUAUUUUAUUAUCUACAUACGUAGUUCCAGCAGAAGCCAUACGAAGUGCUGAUUCCAAAGGUUAUUUUUAAAAAUUAGAAAUAGAAAAGUUACUGGCAAAGUAAACUCGUAACCAGAAGAUGAACCUAAAACGUUAUCCAUCGCACGGAGCAUCUGAUGGCAGAUUUACACAUGGAUGAAUUUGAUGUCAUCUACCAACAACAAUGUCAUCAUGUCUGUUUUUACCUGCUUUCUGCUGCAGAUUGGACAAAAUUUGCAAAGUCAAAAAUCAGUUUCAAAAGCUCAUAAAUGUUUAUUUACAUUUGGCGUUGACCAAAAAUGCUUCCAAAGUUUCCGUUAAUGAGGAAGAAAAGCUUAAAUCUGCUUAUUGCAUACAGGUGGUUGGUACCAUAUAAAUACAGAAACCUUCCUGAGAUCAAUCACUGUGAAAACUAUCUAUUUGAUUAAACUUAUAUGCACAGCUGGAACCAUAGAACCAGUCCUUGGUUCCCAGUUUUUGGUAAGAUCCUAGUUUUUUGGGCAAUCAUCACAGAAUGUGUGUAAAAAAAAUUAAUAUAAAGAUUUUUAUAUAAACUAUUCAUUAUUGUCCAAGUGCCAAGGGUUCUGGGUGAUGAUCCCUACUCUAAAUCCCUCUCUGUGUUCCGAAAUGUUUUUUUUUUCUUGUCUAAUAUUUCCCUUAAAUAACAUUUGACAAUGCCAGGCUUCAGAAUCUGCUCUCUAGUACUUCUUAACAUCUAAAAUGUAGCAUUUCAGGAGAGAUUAUGAGCUGAUUUAGGUUGUUUUAGUGGCAAUUUGUAAUAAAUUUAGUUCAAAUUUGACAAUUAAUUAAGUUAGAGCAAUGAAAAGUUUAAAAUAACGCAGAAGUUACUAAUAUUCUGGAGUUCAUUGAAGUAUAAAGGGAAAGAAGUGAAAACUGAAGAAGAAUCCAAUGUAGAUACAAAAGAAUGGAGUAAAUUUAUGUCAAAAAACUACAAAGGAUUAUGAUUAAACUCAGAAAUUUGUAAGAAAAAACAAGAAGUUUAAAAAGACAAAGAUUUGCUGAAAA